AUGAGUAGCUCGGCCUCGCCCCUCGCGAGGAAUCUCCAGCGCAGCACGCGCAACCUCUCGACAUGCCGUUUCGGUCCUACACGGCCCGCGAAGGCCGGCCUCUCCACCGUCUCGAGAGCAAACAUUACAACCACCGCUAGAGCUGCUGCGAGCAGGCUACCGUCGACACGGAGGGACGCUCCUGCCGUCACAGCCUUCAGGCCGCUGGGCGCGCGCACAUUCACAACGAGCAGGACAGAGCGGAGCGACGAGGACGAGAAGUUCGACCCGGCAACCAUUGAGCGCGAAUCGGACGAAGUUGAUGUUGUUAUUGUGGGCGGCGGCCCCGCCGGACUCAGCGCCGCGAUCCGGCUAAAACAGCUCGCCAACGAGGCCGGCAACGAAGAAUUCCGCGUCCUCCUCCUCGAAAAAGCCGGUGAGAUGGGCGCCCACAUCCUCUCGGGCGCCGUCAUCCAGCCCACCGCUAUCGACGAGCUGAUUCCGGACUGGCUCUCUGAGGACAACCCGGACCGCUUCGAGUACGCCACCCCAGCCGGCGGCGACCGCAUGCGCUUCCUCACAAAGACAUCGUCAAUUCCGCUGCCGACUCCGCCGCAGAUGCACAACGAGGGCAACUACAUUGUUUCGCUGAACCAGUUCACCAAGUGGCUUGGCGACCGUGCCGAAGAGCUCGGCGUCGAGGUUUACCCGGGGUUCGCCGCCUCCGAGGUGCUCUAUAACGAGGUCGACGGCAGCGUUAAGGGUGUCGCGACCAACGACCUCGGCGUAGGCCGCGACGGAAAACCCAAGGAGACGUUCGAGCGCGGCAUGGCGUUCCACGCGCGCUGCACGCUCUUCGCAGAGGGGUGCCACGGGAGCUUGAGCAAGCAGGUCAUCAAGAAGUUCGACCUGCGCCGUGACAGCCAGCACCAGACAUACGCGCUCGGCAUCAAGGAGGUCUGGGAGGUGCAGCCCGAAAAGUUCCAAAAGGGCUCUAUCACGCAUUCGAUGGGCUACCCACUCUCCAAAGAUCUCUACGGCGGCGGCUGGAUGUACCACUUCGGCGACAACCUCGUCAGCAUCGGCUUAGUCGUCGCCCUCGACUAUGAGAACCCCUGGGUCUCACCUUACGGCGAGUUCCAGAAGAUGAAACACCAUCCGAUGUACAAGGAGGUCAUCGAGGGCGGCAAGUGCCUGACGUACGGCGCGCGCGCUCUUAUCGAGGGAGGAUUCCAGUCGAUACCGAAAUGCGCGUUUCCUGGUGGUGCCCUCAUCGGUGACUCGGCCGGCUUCGUGAACCUGCCCAAGAUCAAGGGCACCCACAACGCCAUGAAGUCGGGCAUGCUCGCCGCCGAGGCCGCCUUCACCGCGCUGUCAUCGGAGACCGUCGGCGAGGGCGAGGAGCGGGGCACCGUGUUCCUGUACGACUACGAGGACAAGCUCCGCGAGUCGCCCAUCUGGAAGGAGCUGAAGGAGGUGCGCAACUUCCGCCCUUCCUUCCACACGCCGCUGGGCCUGUACGGCGGCAUUGCCUACUCCGGGCUCGAGGCGUACGUUCUCAAGGGCCGCGUCCCGUGGACGCUGAAGCACAAGACUCCAGACCACGCGGCCACGAAAUCAGCCGACAAGUACCCCAAGAUCGAGUACGAAAAGCCGGACGGCAAGAUCUCGUUCGACAUCCUCACGAGCGUCAGCCGCACGGGCACGAACCACGAGGAGGACCAGCCGGUGCACCUGCAGGUCAAGGACUGGGAGAAGCACGCGGCCGAAACGUGGCCCAAGUUCAAGGGCGUCGAGAACCGAUUUUGCCCGGCGGGCGUGUACGAGUAUGUCGAGGACGACACCAAGGAGCUCGGUGUGCGGUUCCAGAUCAACGCGCAAAACUGCAUCCAUUGCAAAACGUGCGACAUCAAGGCGCCGCACCAGGAUAUCAACUGGCAGGUGCCCCAAGGUGGCGAGGGUCCCAAGUACUACAUGUCUUGA